CAUGAGAAAAGUGAGCGAAUCUGCUACUUUCCUCUCAAAAAGGGUCCUUUCCGCCGCACCGGCAGAGGUCCCUCUCCUCGCUGUCCCUCGUGUCCCUUGACAGCCAAGGAAGCGCAGGGGGGACAUCCGGGGGGGCCUUUCACGGGCACCCAACAUAAAGUUGUAAUAAAACGUAUCGUGUUUGUACGUGACAGGUCACAGCUAGUGACAAGAAGGGGAAAGUUCCCCUGUCUUUCCCCUCCCCGUUCGCCCGGAACGGGGCGGCGGCCCUGCGGCAGGGGGCGGAGCGCGGCGCUACCCGACCCGGCGCCGGGGGCUGGCUCGGGGCGCGGCGCGGCGGAAGUUGCGCGGCGGCGCUCGGCUCGGCCCGGCCCGGCCCGGCCCGGCCCCCUCAGCCCGCCCCGCUGGGCCGCGUUAAACUAUAAACAUGAAGAAAUUAAAGCUCAAAGAACUGGAAAGCUGCCUUCAGCAAGUCGAUACUUUUGAAAGUCCAAAACUGCUCCUUGAACAGUAUCCAACAAGACCUCACAUCGCAGCAUGUAUGCUUUAUACAAUUCACAAUACUUUUGAUGAUAUUGAAAACAAAACAAUUGCAGAUUUAGGAUGUGGCUGUGGCAUGCUCAGCAUUGGAAGUGCAAUGUUAGGAGCAGGCAUGGCAGAGACUUUUGACACAGUUAUAAUGAACCCUCCAUUUGGUACCAAGCAUAAUAAAGGAAUGGAUAUGAUUUUCCUGAAAACUGCUUUACAAAUGGCAAAAACAGCUGUGUAUUCCCUUCACAAAACUUCAACAAGGCAGCACAUUCAAAAGAAAGCAGAUGAAUGGGAAGUGAAGAUGGAAGUCAUAGCAGAACUUAGGUAUGACCUACCAGCAUCAUACAAGUUCCAUAAGAAGAAAUCAGUUGACAUUGAAGUGGAUUUCAUUAGAUUUUCUGCCAAGAAACUCCUGAACUGAGGCAUGUCUUUAAAACCUAUUGAAAAUGGAACAAUAAAACCAAUGAUUUUUUUAUUUA